AUGGACUACUUCAGAGAUGAACUGAUGCAAAGGACAAACUCGUUCCACAAAACUUACAGAGAUGAACACUUUGAGGACCAAUUGGUAGGCGAGGCAAAAGGCUGGUUACAGGGACAGAGAGCAUCAGAGCUUCAAAGUGGAUCAGGUGAUGAGACAAGACAAGCAUGUGCUAGAGAAAUUGAAAGAAGGGACUGGAAUGAGAAACGCAUGAAAGAGGAGUGCGACGAGGUGGCUGUGCAGAUCGAGGAUGGAAUUUUCACUCUGUUAAUGAAUGAAACUUUAACUUCGCUCUACCAAUGCUGA